GGAAGCCGUAUUGCCAUCUGGCAUCACUGUCAAGCUCUGUAAUUUAUAAUAAUAUUUUUUAGCCCAAUUCGAUUGUUAUUUACUCGGCCGCAAAAUGAUGGACGGCAUCGAUGACUCAAAUCUGCUGAAUAGUCCCUCCGCCAACAAUGGCGCAACAAUAGAAAUCGCCUCGCCCACAAAUCCGCUGGUUAAUCCACCAGCAACAGGCGGAGCACCCGCACUAAGUGGCGCCACAAACGGCAGCGGAUCUGCCACAUCGCCGGAUAGCUCCUCCUCCGCCCCGGCCACGCCUGCAGUUCUCGGCGAGAACGCCCUCCACGUGGAGAUUUCCGAUGCGUUGAGCGAAAAGGAAAAGGUCAAGUUCACAGUGCAUACCCGCACCACUCUGCCGGGAUUCACGAAAAAGGAUAACAAUGUAGUGCGCCAGCACGAGGAGUUUGUCUGGCUACACGAUCGCAUCGAGGAGAACGACGACUACGCCGGCUACAUUAUUCCGCCCUGUCCACCUCGUCCGGACUUUGAUGCGUCUCGUGAAAAGUUACAGCGCCUUGGUGAAGGAGAGGGUAACAUGACCAAAGAGGAGUUCAAGAAGAUGAAGUCAGAGCUGGAGGCCGAGUACCUGGCCACCUUCAAAAAGACGGUGGCCAUGCACGAGGUUUUCCUGCGCCGCCUGGCAAGUCAUCCUGUCUUUCGCGUUGACCAGCACCUAAAGGUAUUUCUAGAGUAUGACCAGGAUUUGUGCGCUAAACCACGCAAGAAGAUGGCCAUUUUCGGAGGCUUUGUUAAAUCCCUCGGCAAGACCACAGACGAGAUUCUGCUGAGUGCCACUGUGCGAGAUGUGAAUGACUUCUUCGAGAACGAGCUGCAGUUCCUCACUGAAUACCACGGUCAUUUGCGGGAGGCAGCAAUCAGGACGGAGAAAAUGACACAACGCCACAAGGAUGUUGGCGACUCUCAUCAAAAGAUUUCAAAUGCCUUGACGCAGCUCUCGACCACAGAAAAGGGGAAUAUGGAGACUUUUGUGGCUAAGACGGCGGAGAUAUUUGAAAGGAUCAAGAAUCUGGAGACCCGAGUAGCUAGUGAUCAGGACCUUAAGCUAGGGGACACAUUGCGCUAUUAUCAACGGGAUAGUGACGCUGCGAAAGCUCUACUAAUCCGGCGUCUAAGAUGUUUGGCCGCCUACGAGACCGCCAAUCGAAACCUGGAAAAGGCCCGAUCCAAAAACAAAGAUGUUCAUGCGCCUUUGGAGGUGCAAGAGGCCGAGACUGCUCAAGCGGAAGCUUGUGAAAAGUUCGAGUCGAUGUCUGCCUGCGGAAAGGAGGAAUUAAUUGGAUUCCGCAACCGACGGGUAGCUGCUUUUAAAAAGAGCCUCGUGGAACUCUCUGACUUGGAGAUCAAGCAUGCCAAGACCCAGUACGAAUAUUUGCGCCAAUCGCUGCUAGCGCUCAAAGAGAUUGCCUGAGACGGGGAGCCGGAGGCGGAGGAGCCGGAAGUGGAUGAGGGAUAGGAAAAUGAGUCAUCCGCACAUUGUUUACACACCCCAUUGAAACGCAUUCCUCAUCGAUAACACACCCCCGGGAGACGAAGUAAAUCAAUUGUUUAUUGCUAAGCAAACAGUUUAUUAUUGCACAGGCCAGAUCGUGUGCAACAUUAUUACCUUAGCCCACGUAUUAUAUUAACGAAUAUCUAUUUGUUUUGUGAACAGAGCGCUUUUAUAUUUGUCAAACAAGCAUUCCUCUCUAAAGCAUAAACUACAACUAUAUUGUAAACACUUGCAUUUGAAGCAGAAUAUAAACAAGAAAUAUUGUACAGAA